AAAUUGGAAGAGAUUGAGAGAUAUAAAGCAUCAAUUAGUUGGGCCUACCCAGCCUAUAUAUCUGGCUCUAGUAACUACUUCUCAAGAAGAUUCUUCAAGUGAAUCCGAAGCUGAGAUCAAUGUCAAUAUAAGCCGAGAAAAAAAAAGAACGAAUGAAGCUCAGAGUCUCAGACACAUAGUUCUAUGCCUUCACAGAGGCGACCAUAAUAGACCACCCAAAACCCAGCGCUUUGCGUCCUCCGGAUAUAAAAAGGUAAGUUCAAAAACACUGGAUUCAGAAGAUAAUGAGUCUGAAAACGAAGAGACGAUAAAUGAACCGAUGGAAAUUGACUUUAUUCAGAAAAAGGAGCCUGCGACCGAUGAUAUAGCCGAACGACUAAAAUUAAAUAUUGACACAAGGGAAAAACAUGAUCUUAGAGGUAUUGCUACUGUCCCUACUGAAUCGCUUGGAAUUGUUCAUAAAUAUGAUUACGAUUUACUCGCGUCGAAACGAGAAUUGAAACUCUCUUUUUUAAAUCGGGUAUACAAGUCGUCUUUCAAUUUUGCUCCUCCGUUCUCAGAAAUAGAAUUCUCUUCGCUCCAUGAGUAG